AUCUGCUUGGACUGUCAGCAUGAUUCAGUGCAUAUUGUUAACGCUUAUAUGCUUGAUAAUUCCUCAUUCUCAAGCUUUGAUACCCAUCCCAAAGAAUUAUAGUCCAGAAGAGAAAUAUUGUACAAUUUUUAAGUCUGUACCUAUUGUGGAUAAUUAUCCGUCAUGUAUAACAUUGAAAGAAGCUGUUAAACGAUUCCGGGAACGACUUGUUCAUGAAGAAUUUCCAUCGUCAACAGCACCAGUUGAUAAAUGUCUUAUACUUCCGAUAUUGCUGGUAAUAACUUCAGGCUGUGAUGAAAGUAAUGAAGUGCUACGGCCAUCUGAUUCAGCCAACGAAUCAUAUUCCAUUUCAUUUCAGCAACAAAAGAUGGAUGAGGAUAUUUUCUAUGUUGCAAAUCUGAUGAUCAGUGCUCCUGAAGUCUGGGGAAUUAUACGUGGGUUAGAAACAGUGUUGCAACAUAUAUACAAAG